AUGCGGGAUUCCGAGGAAAUCGUAGAUCGGCUCUGUUCAAGGUGGUUUCGCAGGCAGUGGAAACUCAUAUUGGGCAUUCUUGUCUUAUUAUUCUGCGUUAACAUCUACUGUGCCCUCCAGUUAUUAUCGAAAAAAGAUCAGGUACCUUGUCUGUUUUUUAUUUUUGAGGUUUUAGUUUGUUUCCCUAUAUUGUACUUGACGAAAAAGAUAGAAAUUUGAUUAGAAUCCUUGCUUCAGGGGUAUUCAUCACCGUAUCAGCUCAUAAAACAAGCGUUUGAAUCUCAGAAUGUUAAUAGGAACAGUGCUACGGAGGAAGAAUACGAGUUCGGACCAAGAUGCGAAUUUUCGGACUCCGCUUUGGAUGUUUUCAAAAGAAUGAAGACCACAGAAUGUAAGAAGAAGCUCGAAGAUCACUUGUGUGAUAUGGAUCCGGUGGGAUGGCCAGUUCGGACUGUCAAUAACACUUGCUCUAUUUAUCUACCUAAAAUCCAAUAUCAAUAUCGAGGCUGUUACAGAGACUCCACGGCUUCCAGGACAUUGAAAUUCUUCAAAUACGAUCUCAAAGCGACCAACAGUCCGAACCAAUGUGCUCAGUUUUGUUUUCGAAUUGGUGCUACGUUAAGCGGUAAGUGUGUUUCACUAUGUUCUUUAUUUUUAGGUGUCGAAUAUGGUUAUGAAUGUUUUUGCGGUCAUGAAAAAGAUUUGACGGAUCUAUCUCCCCUUCAGAACGCCUCAGUAUGCGAGGAAAUGAAAUGUCCUGGCGAUGAGACCAAAUUCUGCGGUGGAUUUAAUGCCAUUGCCCUGUAUAACACUGGAUUAACCCGUGAGUGUCAUGAAUAACAUAAUUAAAUCCAAGAUCCAAUUGUAAAUUAUGUUUUAUGAUUUGUUUUUAGAUCACAACAGAGAAUAUCCGGUUUACGUUGAUCCAGAGAAGUCCAAGAGAGACGUGAAAAUCUUGUUUUUACUCCAAUUGAAUGGUCGAAAUGUCAGACAAAUCAAACGACUUCUGAAGGCGAUAUACAAUCCACGACAUCUUUAUCUAGUCCAUGUUGAUGCCAGACAAAAAUUGAUGCAUUAUGGUAACUAAUUUCAGAAUUUUGUAUUGUUAUUGUUUUAGAGAUGUUGGAGAUUCAAAAAAUAUUGGAGAGGUCAGGCCAAACCAACUUCCGAGUAGUCACCGACCGUUUUAUUACCAUUUGGGGAGGGACUUCGUUACUCGACAUGUUCCUUCACAUUGUUCGAACUACUUUGGAGGGUGUUUUGAAAGGAUUUGAGGAUUGGGAUUACAUCUUCAAUUUGAGUGAAUGCGAUUAUCCCAUUUUGAGUAUUCAGGAGUUGGAAGCUGUCCUAACAGAGUAAGUACAAAGUGAUAAAAAUGAUUGUUGUCUAUAGAAACAAAGGGAAGAGCUUCAUCAGUGCCCAUGGAUAUAAUACUGGAACUUUUUUGAAGAAGCAAGGAUAUAAUUACCAUUUCUUCGAAUGCGAGGAGAGAAUGUGGAGGGUCGGACAAAGGUAUAUUGCAUAUAUGGGUCGGUAUUUCGUAUUUUAGAAAUAAUUAUCCGCAAAACUUACGGGUUGAUGGAGGAUCGGACUGGGUUAUUAUUCAUCGGGAUCUGGCCAUUUAUUCGAUAUCUGAAGAAAAGGUCUGCAAGGAUCUCAGAAAGUUCUUCAAGACCAUUCUCUUGCCUUUGGAGGGUUUCUUUCAUACUGUAAGUGUAUUUUGAAAGCAGUGUUAUAUUAUCCAUGAUAUAAUUAUGUAAUUUAUGUUCUAUUUAUUUGUUUUAGCUCGCUUUGAACACCGGAUUCUGCGACAAAGUCUUAUACAAGAAUCUUCGUCUCACCAAUUGGAAGAGGGAUCAAGGUUGUAGAUGUGAAGGCCUGAAACAUGUUGUGGAUUGGUGUGGCUGCAGUCCAGUUACCAUUCUCGCGGAGGAAAACAAAUUAUUUGUGGAGAGGCUGAAGAAUAAAACCAAUUAUUUCGCCCGGAAAUUCGAUUGGAUGGUGGAUCCCGUCACGAUUCAAGAAGCGGAAAAUAAUGUGUUCAGAUUCGAAAAGCAUCGGCUAAAUGAAUAUGAGGGGGUUCAUGAUGGAUGGGUCAGUCUCUAUGAUAGACGAUAUGACGGUAUUUUUUUGAUUUUUUUUUUAGUUUUCUGGUACCUAAAAUAAUAGAUAAUUUUUUAGAUCCGAAAACCCUCCCAGAUCUCACGAAUCUGGCUCAAGUUUUGUCCUCAAGGGUGAUCCAAGGCGACUGUGAUUUCUCCAAACUCCUCGAGAUCAACAUGUUCUUGUCGUUUGAUGAUAAAGAGACUUACGAAAUCUUCAAAAUUGAGGAUAGUUGUGGGGAAAUCCAAGAGUUCAAGGUAGCCAGACUGAAGAAAAGAAUCCGUCUGGCAGAGAAAAAGAUUGUAAACGGAUAUGAACUGAAGAUGAUUGAGAUGGGAAAUCAGCUGGAUUUGAAGGAAGAAAUAUUCAGAGAUGACUUGACAUUGAUUACAGAGGUAGGUAUAAUUCGAAGAAAACUUGACUUGUAUGAGGAGUGUGAAGGUUAAAAUGUAUAUUACUUUAGGACUCAUCGGUUACAUUCCAAUGGCUUUGGGUAAAAUUAAGUGAAAGUGAAGAGAAGGAUAAAAAGAAGAAAAGAACAAGCCCCAAGGUCCUAAUUGAAGUCCUCAACUCUGAACAUAAUCUUCUUCAUUUCAAUUCUGUUGAUUCCUACAACUCUAUCAACUUCAAGCAGCAUGUUAAGCUUGAUCUCCAGGAAAUUGGCGCCAAAUCUGGCGUCUUAACCUUUGUUUUGAAACAUCCGGUGACAAAAGAAGCCCUCCUACAAUUCCCAUUUGCCGUCUUGCCAAAAGAAAUCAACCCUACAUAUCACAGAUUAAUUGAUUUCACGUAUAAUGUAACAGAGAAAUGCUCAACGAAUUGCCCACAAAUGAAAUGGAGCACCUUUCGACCAGCCAAAUCGUCGGAUAUCCGAUUUGGAUUUGAUGAAAAAUUGAAUUCCCUGGUCUAG